UCUUGCUCACCCUCUCCGUAUGUAUAAACACACAUAAAAGAAACAGAGCAAAUGUAAUAAUAAACAAACCAAGCAGACAUCAAAACCUGUUAAAAAAUGGAAACCACCUUGCACAGCUCAAAGAAAAUCCCUAAACUCCAAUCCCUAACCGGUACCGUUUCGCCAAUCAGCGCUACACGCCUCAACACCGACUCCACUCUCAUCAGAUACCUUUGCUCCAGCGGAGCAGGAUCACCGAUCAAUGCUAAUGAUGACGCUGCCGCCGGCUUAUUGUCACCCGCGAUUACUGCUAAAUCAUCUUCCGGAAGUAAUAGCUUUGGAAGGAUGUCGUCGUCGUCAUUCUCGCCGCUGUCUUCAAUAGAAAAUAUUAUGAUGAUAUCGCCGUCGCCUUCACCUUCGUCGUUUAGAAGAACACCGCCGAUGAAAGUAAUGGAUGAUGAUGUACUGGUCAUGGAUGGAAUUCUGGUAGAGUCUAAAGGAAGUAGAGUAUCUAGGUAUCUGAUCUCAUCAGAUUCUGGUGGUGGUUUGUCGUAUAAGAUGGAGCUUUGUCGUUCUUUCGAGAAUUUUGGACAUUGCCGGUACGCCUCCAAAUGUCAGUUUGCACAUGGAAAAGAAGAACUUCGACCCACUUCUUCCAACAUGAAGAACAAACCUGAAGUACAUCCUUCUUUCAAGUCACCUUCAUCCAGAUCAUAUGCACAAGCCCUCGCUUCCCGUUCUUCGUCUUCUCCUCCACCGAACAUGACAGAAACAGGAGCCCAAACGGACAAUAUUAUCGACGAAUCUCAAUACCCCAGCUUGACUACCCCUGCCAGCCCAAGUCAACCUCCGCGAUCGGGGAAACAGAGAAAUCUCACCGGCCCCAAACUCCCCAAGGAUAGCUUAGCUCCUACUCUUACCAAUCCUGAAGAACUCUCCAAGAAAAUCAUUACUCCCACUCCCAGUGAUCAAGAGAUCUCCAAGAAAAGCCCCACCAUAUAUACCAAUUAUCAACAGUGGUCGCCCUUGGAUGAUGGCAUUGAUAUUUCUUUACCUGGAGAUACUGAUACCCAAUCCCAAUCAUCCAAGAAAGAUUUUGAGGGGCAUAUUGAUAAUGUUCUUUAUGGUCCAACUACAGGAAAGAGGUUGCCUGCAUUUUCUAAAUUUUGCCCGCAUUAACUAUAUCUUUGCAAGAGUCUCUUCCAAGCAUAAUUCAUAUUCAUCACUGGUUUGUCAAAACUAUACUCUAUUAGGUUUAGCUACUCUAAUCCUUUUUUUACCUCUUUUCUGUUUGUCAGAUUGAGCGGCCGGUAUUAGGUUGGCUAUAAAUAUUGUAGAGAAUUAUAUAUAGCUGCUUUACAUUCAACUCUACUGAUAUUAUAAUUACACACUGUUGUACCUAACAGAAGAAACAUAAUAGAUACUAUAAGGAUAAGGGAAUCUGGGAAAAAGCUACAAUUCAUGCUUUGACAUUAUAUUUAGCAGUGAGAUGCUUUACUGGGUACUUAUUGCCUCUCUUA